AUGAUGGCGCCUAGCCGUCGUCGAAACGUAGAGCAGCAGUGCCACUUUUCAGAGAUUGGCGAAUCGGUGUUAUGCCUUUCUCACUCUCACUCUCACUCUCACUCCAACUAUGUCCCAUUCUCUCUUUCUUUCACACUUUCUUUUUUUUUUUUGCUUCCACUCUCACUUUCACACUCUCUCACACUGUCGCUUUUAGUCUCAUACUCUCUUUCACAUUCUCCCAUUCUUUAUACCUCACUUUCUCUUUACCGAACUUUCAAUUUUUUUCUCUUUCACGCCCUCUCUUCCUGUUUUACAUUUUCUUUCUUUCUUUCUUUUUCUUUCUUUCUUUCUUUCUUUCUUAGACUUGAAACACUUACAAUCCAUUUUCUUACUCUGUUCAUUAUCUAUCUAUCUAUCUAUCUAUCUAUCUAUCUAUCUAUCUAUUUCAGUCGAUUCAUUAUCGCUCGUCAUCUCUCUUCACUCUCUCACUCUCUCUAUAUAUUAUAUAUAUGCCAAACUCGUCAUCAUCCCUCUCUCUCUCUCUCUAUGCCAGUCGCUUCUCGCUUCAUUAUCUAUCUAUCUAUCUAUCUAUCUAUCUAUCUAUCUAGCCGGUCUGUUAAUUAUCUAUCUACCUCAGUUUUUUCACUAUCUAUUUAUCUACCUAUUUAUUUCAUCGAUUCAUUAUCUAUCUAUCUAUCUAUCUAUCUAUCUAUCUAUCUAUCUAUCUAUCUAUCUCGGUCUGUUAAUUAUCUAUCUAUAUAUACAUCCAUGCUAACCGCUUCAUUAUCACUCUGUCUCUCUAUCUCUCUAUCUAUCUAUUCUUCUAUCUAUCUCUGUUUGUUCAUUAUCUAUCUAUCUAUCUAUCUAUCUAUCUAUCUAUCUAUCUAUCUAUCUAUCUAUCUAUCUAUCUAUGGUGCAUGGUCAGCUAACUGUUCUUUCAAACCAAUGCUACGAAAAUCCAGCCUUAGCGAAAGUGCGACAAAUGCUGCUAAACAAUUCUAUCUGCCAUCGUCUUUAUGA